GUUUACAAUUGUUUAGCUGGUUUCAAUGUAAACCAUAUAAAAUUUUCAAUUACCAUUAAGUGGGUAUUAGUCCAGUUUUGAUGCUCGAAUGUCAUUGAUUGACAGCUGAAGAUGUCCAGAAUUUUGAUAGUCUUAACUAUCUGUCAAUAAUACUGUAGAUACUCUGAAAUUAAUGAGUUUUUACGUUUAGGAGAAGUGUUUAGGAAAUUACCGAAAACUAUGCCCGGAAAUAAACUAAUGCACCUGAUCCCUCUAUAAAACACAGGAGAAAGCAGGAACAGGUCAGAAGAAAGGCUUGACCUUGUAGGACUAUUACGUAUUCCUUAUCGCUGUGUAGAGGCAACAUUGAUUCAUUCCAAAAAGAUCUUUAAACAAAACAAGGAAUAACACGGAAUUUUGCCUAAAAUGGAAAUAAAAUUAUUCAUCUAUUAUUUUGUUUUGACGUUUCAUAACUUUCACGGAUUAAUAGAGACCGCAACUACAACAAAAUCAACACAUGCACCUGAACGGACAUACUUAAAAUGCAUGUCCUGCACCGACGUAGACACGGUGGAUUCCUGCACUGAAGAAAGAUAUUGUGCGCCGGGUCAGUUUUGUUUCCUUGACAAAUUUUCAGACUUUGUCACUGACUCGCAUGGCAAGGAGAGGGUGAUUUUUAAAUAUACUGCAGGAUGCCGGAGUACCUCGGUAUGUCAUAUUGCAACGUGUAAAGAGAAGGAGAGUGGGUUUACCUACAAUGGAAGUAACCAUACCCUGAGGACAAAGAGACAGGCUACUGGUCCAGUUCACUGCACAGAAUGCUGCAUGAGGGAUCGAUGUAACCUGGAUCUCUGCGACUUUAAGAAGACUGGUACCAAUGCUACAAAAUGCUUCGGUUGUAGUGACAUUGUGGACCCUAAUACUUGUGGUGAUACGGUUCAAUGCCAGCCCAACGAGAGGUGCUUACUUACUCAAGAAAUACGAAUCAACCCUGAUGGAUCCCCCAGUAUCGUGCAUCAACAAAGAUGUGAACGUAACCAGCUGUGUGAUGCUGUUCGUGAGAACAACAUCCUAGGAACCACCACAACUACCACCACCAAAGCCCCAACAACCACCAACGUUCCAACCACCACACCAAAUAAUGUCAUUGAAAGGACACCAUUCCCAAUCUUGAGGUCACUCAUGCGCCGACGACGUAGUUUUAAUGGACAUAUUCAGAUUAAAGCAGAUUGUUGUGAUGGGGAUUUCUGUAAUGCAUUUGACUUUAACAACCCUGCAAAGAACAGUCUAGAAAUUAUCUCAUUACCCGAUGAUUAUCAUUGUCCAACAACAACUCCAGUACCAAUUAACUUCACCAUGCCAAUGACAACAACAACACCUAAGCCAACAACACCGGAACCAACAACGACUAAAUCAACGACAACUACCACAGCACCGACAACAGAAAUCACCACAUCAACACCGACAACAAGUGCCACAACGACAACUACCACAGCACCGACAACAGAAAUCACCACAUCAACACCGACAACAAGUGCCACAACGACAACUACCACGACACCGACAACAAUUACUACACCAACAACAACAACGACUACCCCAAGACCCACGACAGAAGUCACUACAUCAACACCGACAACACCACCAUCAACAACUCCAACAACAACUACCACACCGACAACAACCACAACACCGACUACUACUACCACACCGACAACAACUACCACACCGACUACUACUACCACACCGACAACUACUACCACACCGACUACUACUACCACACCGACAACAACUACUCCUAAGCCACCAACCAGUUGCCAUUUAUGCAAUGGCAUGCCUAUUUAUGUUUGUGAACAAUUUUCCACACCGCUGCAAUGUGGCAGAAGUGAUCAGCAGUACUGCUUAAACAUCCUUGUUAACAAUAAAGAUGGAUCACGGACACUAGAUCGAAGAUGUGCAACCGAGAAAGAAUGUAAAACUCAGUGGUGGGAUCAAACCUCCGACAGACAAGAAUGUUCCGGAUAUAAUCCUGCAACUUAUAGGGCAGAAUAUUUCACGUGCACAUUUUGUUGCGGAAGUAGCUUGUGCAACCAACCAAUUGUUCCAGACAAUCUGUACGUGCCAAAUCAGCGCUAACAAAGACCGAAUUAAGCAACACCAGAGACAUUUAUAUAUCAUGUGUCCCUGGUAACACCUAGUGUUGUACAGGAAGUGGUGCAGGAAUAUAGCGAAAUCAAAAUAACUGUUUCAAUGUUAUCUUUAUUGUUUUAGAAAUACAAAAUGUGUCAAAUAUGAUAAUUUGAUAUUUCAAACAGAU